CCAAACUGAGUUUUUCUAUUUGGUUUCCUUCCCGAAAGAAAAAAGAAAAGAAAAGGAAAUAAAUAUUAAGAUUCUUCUUCUCUCCAAUGGCGAAACUAACGACGGAGUCCCCUGUCUGCCGCAAAAUUGUGCUUUCUUUCUUGGAUUUUCUUGAUUCCGUUGAAGUAGCUCCUGGUGUUGACGAGGAAGGGCUUGAGGUUGCUAAAGAAUGCAUAAAGGAAGCAUUUAAGAUCACUUCAGAUUCUCCCACAGACGACUCUAACUCCAAACCCAUUUCGCUUGUCAGUCUCUUCACUUCUUCUCCUAGGGUUGAUGAGUCUAGUUCCUCUUCAGGUCCUCCUCACUUGUCCAACUCAGUGGAUGCAACAAGCAAACAACCUCCCUUUAACGGUCAGUUUUGUUUUUUUUUUUGCUUUUUCUCUGUUCAUGGUUCAGUCUUUCUCUUGAACUUGUGUGGUUUGGUUUGGUUUGCAGGGACUUGUAGAGAUGAACUAUUUGGGCAACUUUUUGGUGCGCUUGAGAAAGUUCGGUAUUUCAAUACAACGCCUAACGGAGAUGAUGAUCCUGCUCAGCUGGAGAAAGCUACCAAGAUUUUUCAUGAUGCUAUCACUGAAAUGGAGAAUUCUGGAUGCCAGACAUUUGAUGCCAAAAGCUUGGCAGAAACAUUCAAGUGCCAAGGUAACAAGGCCAUGCAGUCCCAGCAGUAUCUGGAGGCAAUCGAGCUGUAUUCUUUUGCAAUUUCACUCUCAGAUAAAAACGCUGUUUUUUACUGCAACCGGGCUGCUGCAUAUACCCAGAUCAGAAUGUGCUCAGAAGCAAUCAAGGACUGUCUUAAAUCCAUUGAGAUAGAUCCAAACUAUAGCAAGGCUUACAGUCGUCUUGGGUUAGCAUACUAUGCUCAAGGAAAGUAUGCUGAUGCUAUUGAGAAAGGAUUCAAGAAAGCUUUGGAGUUGGAUCCGCAUAAUGAAUCUGUCAAAGAAAACAUCAGGGUGGCUGAACAAAGACUAAGAGAAGAAGAACAAGGAGGACAGAGACGUAAUCAAGAUCCGGGAAUGGGAGGGCAAGGAGGGCAAGGAAUACCUUCUCAGUUCUCGAUGCCUUUAAACCCUGAUAUGAUGAACAUGUUCAUGAACAUGGCGGGGAAUGGUAGUAACAGAAACGUUGGUACAAAUGAGCCUGAGAUUCGCCUAGGCGGAAACAUCAACAUAGAUCUUGGAGGUUCGGAUCAAAUGCCUGAAGAGUUCUCAGGUGCGUUGCGAUCAAUGAUGCAGAUGUUUGGAGGAGGAGGAUCACAGGAAGGCAACCAUAACAAUAACAACAAUCCUCAGGGUACUAAUGGUGCACAUGGAAGACCAUCUGGAAAUUAAACUUUAAAGACUCACAAAAUGCUUUGUGUUUUCUAAGGUUAUUAUACGGUUUGAGUUUAUUGCUCCAAAACUUUUCUAGGUUUUUGAAUUUUAACAGCAGAACGAUGUAAUGUUAUCACAAAAUGAUUGUUCUAAGCAUACAUGACGAACAUGAUCAACUGAGAUUCAUAUUUAA